AUGUCAGAACAUCCCGAAGCAUCAAAACAUGACGAUGAAGAAGAACAGCAACAAAGCUCAGGAACAUCGUUCCUCAAGGUUAUACUUGUACUUCUGUUCAUUGUGGCAGGGCUCGUAGUCCUGGGUAUCGUUGCAUAUUUCAUUUAUAACGCAUACGUUGGCGGCGAGUCCAAGAAAGGAACGGAGCUGAAGGACCUGGGCGGAUUCAAGGCAGAGUCUAAUUUCGCACCAGGCAGUGAUAAACAGUCUAAGGAAGAGAAAGAUGGAGAAGAAGAGAGCGGCUCCAAGAAAAAGAAGAAGGGCACCUCGUUGAGAGAAGGACUUGAGAUGAGGAACUCCCAAAUGAUAAUGGCUAAUAAAGAGGUGCCCUUGGCAGCAUGAUGAAAAUAAAAGUAUUAAACGCUUAUGGAUUGUUCA